AUGUUCCUAUUCAAAGUGUUUGAGGAAAUAGCAGAGCAAGUGAGCUAUCGUGUCAUUGAUGCGGAAGCAGUUCAGUUCAUUGCAUGGGAAUAUUUGCCUUUUGGAAAUGACGAUUGGUCGUCUAAUGAUCGUGCUUCUCCUGGUACAUCCUUGCAGCGCAAUGGUGCCGCUGUAAAAGGCGAGAGUGUUCACGAAGCACAAACAUGUGAUCAUUUCGACCCUUUGCCCAACGGGGAUGGGGGUGGCAGGGGUGAACGUGGUCGUAGUGUCCAGAGGAGAGCUGCAGAAAACAAGCAAUGCGGAACAUCAGAAGUCAGUACAGAUCAACACCUACAGCAGGAAGUGUUCACUAAACAAAGGAAUCUAUUCCAUAGACUUCAUCUUGAAGGCAGACAUCACAAUAAACUGAGAGCUGCAGAUGUUUUUCAGUUAACAUCUGCACAUGCAUUACAGUCCCAUGAGUCUUGUGAUGAAGAGGAGCUGAUUCAGACUUUCAUACAAAAUCUACUGAUGAUGAAUUACAGAGCAAGAUACCUCAAAACUUUGGAGAACAAUGUGGAAGGUCACAGUGAUCAGGACAGUUAUGAUUCAUUUAAACAAGAGACUGAUUUUUAUAAUUUUUUCUUCAAUUCAGGGUCAGUGUCUAAUGAAGAAGCAAGCCAAUCUGAGCGAAUUCACCCGAUGGAUGUUCAGAUGGCCAUGUUUCAUUGUGCUGAUGGCUUCCUAAAGCAGCUGAUGGUGACUAAACUGUCCCAGUGUCAGUACGCUCUGCCUCUGCUUGUUCCUGAUCCAUUCACACAACAGAUUGAAUUUCCUCUCUGGACAUUUAGACAAAUCAAAAAGAGCUGGAAGAUCAGAAACACCAAUAAUGAAAUCGUCAGCCAAACCCAGUCAAUCUACAAGGCAGAAACUCCAAUGGUAUUUUUCUUCAGGUUUGGCUCUGUAUCUUCAUCCAAGUCUCAGGUGAUGAACAGUCUGAUCAAUGAGAAACACAACACGUUCUUCCACAGGAACUGCACAGGCAGCAGUAGAACCAGAGUCCUGAUGGAUGGAGUGGUGGAGAUCACCUGGUUCUACCCAUCUGGGUCAUAUGAUGAUAAAUUCACUGAGUGUGUUGCGUUCUGUAAUCUACACGGUGAUGCAGGAGACCAUGAGAAACAGCUGCAGAUCCUCACUGAAAUGGCCUCAGUCAAUGUUGUUCUUCUACCACAACUUAAGAGGAAUGACAGAAGCAUGACAAAACUUGAAGAACUCUAUAAGGGCUCAAAGCCACUCAUUUGCCUUUUUACUGAGGAUGAAUCUGCUGCAGUUGCGUUAAAGAAAAAAUAUCAUAUUGGUCUGAAAGACAGAAAUCAGUCGGAAGUAUCUGAAGAACUCACAAGAGCUAUAAAUGAUUGUCUCUCAGAAUCAUCUUCCACUUUCAGACUUGAAGAUGUGUCCAAACACUCAGAUAUCAGAGUAGAUGAGGAUGGUGAUGGUGACUGCAGGAGAGGAAGAGAAGCAGCACAGCAGAUGAUGAGUUUACUGGAGAAGAAAGAUCUGACAGAAAUCAAAGAAUCAUUUCUGCCUCAUCAGGGGAAACUGUGGCAUCAGUGGAGUCAGAAGAACAAAGAACUACAUCAAGUUCAAGGAAAUGAACUAGAAAUGGACAUCAGCAGAAAACAAAAAGAGAUGAGGAAUAUCCGUGAGCUGCAGCAUAAAACUGACAUCAGUGAGUUCAUAAAGUUCUUCAUUAAAGAAAUUAACUCAGAUACUGGAUAUAAGAUGUUUUUCAUUAAAUGGCUUGGCAUACUCCUGGAUGAAUAUACAUCAGCUGACUUGUUUGUUUUUUAUCACAAAUAUGAAGAAACAUGGUCAACAGUUUUAAAACUGAAAGAGAAACAUGAACUAGAAAAAUUGACAGUUAAACGAGCAGAACUUGAGAGAAUAUCUGAGGAAAUUAAAGCUGGAGCCUUUGGUUUGGAGCACAUCUUGAGGGAGAUCGGUCAGAUCUAUGAAUCAUGUUCAUGUGUGGAGAAGAACAAGAAAGACCUGCAGGUUCACUUCUCUUCUCUCCCGAGUCUUGCAGCAGAGAUGAUGAUCUCUGGAUUUCCUCUGGAGCUGAUGGAUGGAGAUGCUGCUCAUGUUCCUGUGAUCUGGGUCUCUGCUGUUCUAGAUCAACUCAUCCAGAAACUGGGAGACCAGAGAGUCUUUGUGCUGUCAGUUUUAGGACUUCAGAGCUCUGGGAAAUCCACCAUGCUGAAUGCCAUGUUUGGACUCCAGUUUGCCGUCAGUGCUGGCAGGUGCACCAGAGGAGCUUUCAUGCAGCUGAUCAGAGUGUCAGACGAGAUGAAAACACAGAUGAACUUUGACUAUAUUCUGGUUGUUGAUACUGAGGGUCUAAAUGCUCCAGAACUGGCUGGAAAAUCAACAAUACAUCAUGACAAUGAAUUGGCCACAUUUGUUGUUGGUCUUGCAAAUUUGACAUUAAUCAACAACUUUGGAGAAAAUGCAUCUGAGAUGCAGGAGAUCCUUCAAAUUGUUGUUCAGGCCUUCGUGAGGAUGAAGAAGGUCCGACUGAAUCCCAGCUGUGUGUUUGUGCAUCAGAACAUCUCAGAUGUCUCAGCUGGAGAGAAAAACAUGGAGGGAAGGAGACGACUGCAGGAGAAAUUGGAUGAGAUGACGAAAAUUGUUGCUAAAGGUGAUGACUGUGAUGCAAAAUGUUUCAGUGAUGUCAUUAGAUUUGAUAUUCAGAAAGAUGUGAAGUAUUUUGCUCAACUCUGGGAAGGCAGCCCACCCAUGGCACCACCAAACCCAAAGUACUGUGAGAAUAUUCAAGAACUCAAGAAAAUUAUUGUGUCUCAUGCCUCAAAAUCACACGGAAUGAUGGUGAGACACCUUAAAGGCCGUAUAAAAGAUCUGUGGGAGGCUAUAAAAAAUGAACGCUUCAUCUUCAGCUUUCAAAAUUCUCUGGAGAUUUCAGCCUACAGGAAACUGGAGAAAAAAUACAGCAAAUGGUCCUGGAGUCUCCGCAGUGCCAUGAUGGAAACUGAGAACAAACUACACAACCAAAUAGAAAAUGAAGUAAUUCAUGAAGUAGAGGAAAUCAAUCUUCAAAGAGAACUGAAGAAGACAAGCAAAGAAGUGGAAAAGUCAAUGUCUGAAUUCUUUGAGAAAGACAAAGAUAAAGAUAUACUGAUUCAGUGGAAAACAUCAUUUGAAAUCAAAAUCAAAGACCUUCAGGAAAAUAUUAUGAGGGAAACAAAAAGGAAAUUAAAUGGGACUCUUGAUGCUCAGAGGACACAUCAUGAAAACAUGAAGAAAACGACUGAAGCUCAGAGAACAGAUCAAGAAAACACUCUCUAUGAAAUGAGCAAAGAACUCACCUUAAAACUCAAAGACAAAACAAACAACGAAGAAACACUGACAAAAGAGUUUGAUUUGUUUUGGGAGCAGAGUGUAGAUAGGAUUAUCUCAGACACUCCUAAAAUCAAUGAUAUGGAUAUAAUGAAAGAUGUGAGAGAAAUCCUCAGUAACAUCUAUGAGGGGCGUCUCCCUUUAAAAAACAAUACAGGCGACAGUGAGUACACUGACAUUUUCACUGUGUCAAGUUUUUCUGAAUAUGUUUUCAAAAAGCCCACAAAAAAUUGGUUGAAAAGGAUUGUAAUAAGAGCUUUCAGAAGAGUUAAAAAAUUGUUGGGAUGUGAUCGAACUCUGUCUCCAGAGAAUGAAGCUGAAAUAAGAUCAUUAGUCACAGAUAUUGACAAGCAAACAGACAAAAUGAUUCAGUCAUUUAACAUUUCAAAGAUGGGCUACAACAUCAGCUACAUUCAGCAACUCACAGAUUAUAUUAAGACAAGUGUAACAGAACAUCAGGAGAGACGAGUAAAAUAUGUGUUCAAGGAUGAAUUCUGCAUGGAUCUGGUUCUUUCCAUCUGUAAUAGAUUAAACAAGAUAAUCACUGACCAACACAGAAAUUACAGGGAGGCUAUAUAUGUUGAGAAGAAGAGAGAGUGCUAUAGUAUUUUCCAGAAAUACUGUCACAGAGCAACAUCAACUGUUAUUUUUGGCGAAAUCAUCUGUCAGAAAGUUAAAGAGCCUAUUGAGCAGAGUGUCUACAAGAAGACUGCUAGAAAUCUGACAGAUGAAAUGAGAUCAAACUGUGAAUCAUUGAAUGGAAGCAGAUCGAAUCUGGAGAAACAUAUUCUGAAGACACUGGCAGAAGAGGAGGAUUUUAAUAAAUACAUGAACUACAUUCAUAAUCCCAGAGAUCACUUCAACAGUUUCAUCAGAGAUGAAGUCAGUCGGUACAUCACUGAUAAGUUCAGUGUCAGUGUUUUACCCAAGAUGAAGGAGAACAUUAAACUCCUGCAGCAGAAGAUCUUGAAAGCAGCACAUGAAUCUACUGAACAUGUUCAAGUGAACAGUGGAGAUGUCGGUUUGUGGUUGAAGAGUUUCACACAGCAGCUCUCAGAUGAGCUGAUCUUCUCUGAAAAAGACCUCAGUGGAGUAAAACAUGAUGAUGUUGAUGAUUUCAACCUCCUAGAAGAUGUGAUAAUAAACAAACUUCCUGCUAUAAUGUCAGACAUCAGCAGUAGAUUUAGUACAAAUACUUUUCCAGUAAAUCUGGACAAUAAAGACAGGCCAGAUGAGCUUCUGAUUGAUCACUUCUGUCAGUGCUGUUGGGUUCAGUGUCCAUUCUGUGGAGCCACUUGCACCAACAGCAUAGAAAACCAUGAUGGAGAUCACAGUGUUCCUUUACAUCGUAGUAUUGGUCUGAAUGGAAUAUAUUACAAUAAUACAUCCAACUUGUCCAUCUGCACAUCAGCAGUAGCAAGCAGCAAUCUAUAUUUUCAUCCCAAUGACUCAGAUGAUAAAGUUCUCUGGAGUGAAUACAGAAGAGCAGGAGGAGUUUAUGCAGACUGGAGCAUCACCUCUGAUCUCUCUGAACUGCCGUACUGGAAGUGGUUUGUGUGCAAAUUCCAGAAUGAUCUGGAAAAAUACUACAAAAGAAUUGAGGGUUAUGUUGAGAUACCAGAUGAAUGGAGAAAAUACACAAAACAAGAAGCUAUUGUGUGUUUGAAUAAAUACCUCUAAAGGAAAAGAUAAAUAUGAGACUCAGAUUCUCCUUAGACCACAGAUAUAAAUCAGUGAGUCUGUGGAGUCAUUUGUACCUUAACCCUCUGGGGUCUGAGGUCAUUUUG